CGAUUAAGCGUCACCACUCCUCACUGCAAAUUCAUGAGUGCGCAUUUCUUAUCGGAGACCGUCCAGUCUAGAGCGGACUAACAGUCACCGGGUUGCGCUAUGGGGGCAAGUUUAUGAAGGACAUUGAACCAGAUGUCUUUUCCCGUCUGUUUGGGCUGUGUGUGUUCGUGCUGUAGCGGAGCUGGACGUGCAGACCUGAAGAACAUCGCUGUGCGGGUGCUGUUGUUGCUAACGUUACCAAGCUGCAGCCAACAUGGCUGAGGAUGACAGUGAAUGGGUUGUGGAGAGCAUCGUUGGCUACUUGGGAAGUCCCGAAUGGGUCAUUCCUGUCACGGAUUUUAUGGAAAACAAAUGCACAGUUUUUGAUGACGAAGAUGAAAAUAAGUUAUCAUACACAGAAAUCCAUCAACAGUAUAAGAAACUGGUGGAGAAGCUGUUAGAGAACUACAUGCAGGAGGUUGGCAUCAAUGAGCAGCAGUUUCUGGAUGCAUGCACCUCUCCUUUUGCCAAGUCCAAAACUCUGCAGUCGGUGUUCCAGCCAGUUCUGGCUACAGAUGACUUCCAGAUGUUUCGCUCACUGAUGGUCCAGAAGAACAUGGAGCUACAGCUUCAAGCCCUCAGGGUCAUUAAAGAAAGAAACGGGGCCCUCCCAGAGUGUCUGACUGAUGGUGUGGACGUGAUGUCAGAGCUGCAACAGCAAGAGAUGAAAAUCCUGCAGGAGGUUCUCAAAAAAUCAAAAGAGGAGUAUGAUGAGGAAAUGUCCAGGAGGUUGCUGUUAGAGGAAGAGGUUGGUUCCACCUCCAGCAUCUGCUCUAAUAAGCCACUGGCAAAGAGUGGCGAAGCCAGAAAUACCAUUUCUGCUCCCAGCCAACAAAGCAGUACUGCCAAGACCAAUGGCAACCCUGUCAUAAAAGAGGAGAAGAUGGCUGCCCAAGGAGGUGGAGAUGCUAAAAGUGCAGCUAAGUCUUUGUCUAAACUCAUACCAGAAUGUGGCAGUAACAGUGUGGAAUCCAGAGUCCUUCCAGCAGUGAGAGCUCCAGUAAAGUCCUCUGAGCCCUCCGUCAGCAGCAGUCCUCUUACCAAGGAGCAGAGCAGCAGCAGCCAGACUGCAGCUGAGACAUGGCUGGAGGAGGCACACAGGGAGGCUGGCUUCUCUAAGCCAUAUACUGAGUUGUCAGCGUCACAGCAGGAGCAGCUCCAGCAGAGGGCAGCGUAUCUCCGCCAGCAGCGAGACAAGCUGCACGCGCUGAAGAAAGAACAGCAGAAAACCAAGCAGACAGCCACGUCAGAGGAGGCACCCAGCAACCCUGCACCAGCACCUACCACCACCCCGGAGGCAGUGGGGCAGCCCCAGAGGAAUGGGGCCUGCACCCCUCCUCUUCCUGCUCCUCCUCCUCCUCAAGCACAACACUCUGCUAACUCCUCCAAACAGAAGGAGAUAUCUGCCGAGGAGAGGAAGAAGCUACAGAAGAGAAAACAUCUGGCUGACAAGCUGAAAGAGGAGGUGAUCAAGAAAUAAGUUCCCCUCCGACUGCAGUAUUCUCGUUAAAAUCCCAUCACUUUACUCCAGUAAUCAAACACAUGGCUUCCUUUGCACUGCCUCCUUCAGACAGAUAAUUCACUUUACAUAACACAUUUCAGGGUUUUUCCAAAGAAAAAUAAAAAGUUCGAGAUCUUCCCUCUUCUGAGUUCUUCUCAUGGCUGUCAGAAGAAGAAACAGAUACAUCUUCUUUUAUAUUUUGGAUGUACUGGUAUGUGGCAUUCUCCACUCACAACAGACAUACUCAAUUAACCUAAGAUCUGUUAGUUAAAACUGUUUGACCAAGAAAGUUGAGAAAAUGUCAGGCAAACUGAAACUCACGACCAGUGAGGCAAGAUGCUGCCAUUGUUACUAGGCUUAAGUGGAGAACCCAGAUUUCUUUUACUUUACGCUACUAGAUGGAUCUGGCUUGUGUCCAAAAUCCCUCCUCAUUUGCCACUAAAUAGACUACAAUGACUGUGGGAAAUUAUAAUGGGCAUUUUUCACAAUUUUCUGACCUUUUUUUGGACAAAACAGUUAAUCAGUAAUGAAAAUGAUUAUUUGUAGGAGGCAAAUAAUCUCACAAUGCAAUGCUUCACCUUCAGAUAAUGUGAAAAUUAUGCAUCACUUCAGUAAUGGCAUAAAAUCAUGGUAUCUGAAGUCUCACUUUACUGCUUACUGCAGGGUGAACUAAUGAUUAUUGUGUAGGGAGCAGUGACCGAAGGAGUGACUUUGGACACGGCCCUGGGCUUGUUUCUCUGUAGAAAACAGUCUAAAAUGUCAUAAAUGGGCUGUGUGGUGAAACACACUCAACAUUGGGCACAGCUGGCCUGAGUUAAGUGUUAAUGCUGGGCGAAGACUUGAUUGGCAACAUUAGCUAGCUCAAGGUUUUGCUUUCCACAGUCGUUAGCAUUCCCAGAGGGAAGAGUCAGCUACAUCAUAUAGCUGAAAACACUGUAGCAGCAGAGAGAGCUGUAGAAGUUGUCACACGAUGAGCACACUGUAAUGUGUUCUUAAAGGGGCCAAGAGAACAGUGUGUCACUUUCUAUGUGGAAUGCUGUAUUGAUCGUCAAACCAAUCUGCAGUCUUCACUUUAAGCAUGAUGCACCAGUUUCUAUGUAAUACUGUUAUCAGGUAUGCUGUUUAAUAAAUCACAUUUUAUAGAAACGA